AUGGGCGAAAUAAACGGUGAGGGAGAAAUCGAAGUGCUGGAAAAUGACAUACGCACGUUGCGAAAGCAGCUGCAGGAGAAGGUACAGCAACUGAAGACCUUGAAAAAACAUUUUCAGAAAAAUUGCAUUACCAAGCUGAACAACGAUGAGAUUGCGCGUUACAGCCGCCAGAUUAUUCUUUCUGAGAUCGGUGUACAGGGCCAGCUGAAGUUAAAAAAGGCCGCGGUGCUGGUAGUUGGUGCUGGUGGUCUCGGAUGUCCUGCGGCCCUCUAUCUAGCCGGAGCCGGUAUCGGGCGCAUUGGUGUGCUGGAUUACGACGAGGUGGAGCUGACGAACCUUCAUCGUCAACUACUGCACACGGAGGCCACAGUCGGUUUAACCAAGGUUACAUCGGUACAGUCGUACCUGGAGCAACUGAACUCACAGAUUGAAAUACAGACACACCACACGCAGCUAACGAGCGAUAAUGCAAUGGCCAUUCUCGAGCAGUACGAUGUGGUCGUCGAUGCAACGGAUAAUGUGGCCACCCGGUAUCUGCUGAACGAUGCGUGCGUAAUGCUUCACAAGCCGCUCGUUUCUGGUAGUGCGUUACAGCUCGAAGGACAGCUAACCGUGUAUAACUAUCGUGGUGGGCCAUGCUAUCGUUGCCUUUUCCCAACACCUCCACCACCGGAAUCGGUUACGAACUGUGGUGAUGGUGGUGUCCUGGGCGCCAUCACCGGUGUGAUCGGUGCCUUACAAGCAUUGGAAACAAUCAAAAUCAUCCUAUCAAACGAGGGUGUGCUAAGUGGCCGGUUGCUACUGUUCGACGGUCAGCAAAGCGCGUUUCGCAAUUUGAAACUGCGUCCCAAAAAACCAGCCUGUGCCGUUUGUUCUGAAACUCCCACCCUCACCAGGUUGAUCGACUACGAACAGUUUUGUCAGAUGAAAGCGACCGACAAGGAUACGGCACUGACAUUGCUAGAACCGUGCGAAAGGAUUUCGGUGCGCGAAUAUCACGACGGGUGGCUGACGACAGGGCGGGACCAUUUGUUGGUGGACGUACGGGGCGUAAAUCAGUUCGAAAUGUGCCAACUGCCCGGUACACCCGUUAAUAUACCCAUCGAGGACAUCCUGAGCAACAGGCGGACCGAAGAGAUAUUUGCACGUGCCCAGCAAACAAUGCUGCCGGUGUAUGUGGUUUGUCGCCGGGGUAACGAUUCACAGCUGGCCGUGAGACAUCUUGCACCGAUAUUCCGGGAGCGGGAUCUUCCAGCGCCACGUGACCUGAUCGGUGGACUGCACGCCUGGACGAAAACAAUUGAUCCAAACUUUCCCAUCUAUUGA